AUGGGGGACUUCGCGCCGCACGGGUCGCAGGGAGGCGGCUUCGGCGGACCCGCACAGGGCGCGCAGAUGGAGUUCAUGAGCUUCGGCUCCGAUUACAACUCCCAGAAGUCGCAGUACUCGGCGUACGGCGGCAACGGCGGCGGCGGCGGCGCCGGCGGCGGGGGGGGCGGAGGAUGGGGCGGUCCCCCCGCGGGGAGCGGGGGAGGCGGCUGGGGCGCCGCGUUCGGAGGCGGCGGGACCCCGGACUUCACCGGCGGCCCCGAGCUUGACGAGCCCCCGCUGCUCGAGGAGCUCGGCAUCGACCCGGGGCAGAUCGUCCGCCGAACGAUCGCCAUGCUCAACCCGAUGGGCCGCGCGGACGACAACGCGGGCGACGAUGAUCUCGCGGGCCCGCUCCUCUUCGCGUUUCUCAUGGGCGCGCUGCACUUGCUGCGAGGGCGCGUGCACUUCGGGUACAUCCUCGGCUGGUUCACGCUGAGCACGAUGGCGAUGUACUGGCUGCUGAACCAGCUGUCGGCGCACGGCGAGGGGAUCGAGCUGUACCGGACGGGCAGCGUGGUGGGCUACUGCAUGCUGCCCAUGUGCUUACUCGCCGCGCUCGCCGUCGCGUUGCCCGGGGGGCUCGUCACGGGCGUCGUGGCGGGCGUGCUGGUGACAUGGUGCACGAGCAAGGCGACGGCGCAGUUCAUGCGGUCGCUGCCGCAGAGCAGCGAGGGAAAGAGACUGGUGGUGGCGUAUCCGUGCUUCACGCUGUACUGCCUCUUCGCGCUCCUCUCCGUGUUUUAA